GCCACUCUCGUUAGUCGCAGUUUAAGCUGCGCGUAAAGACGCGCUUUAUUCACUUGCCGUUUUUUUCAUUUGUUUAUAAACAAUAGAUCGCCGCCGCCGCCGCUUUUGUUAAUGUAGCUUUAACUCACCCCUCGUUUUAUCUAUAGGUAAUGUAAAUAAGGGCUCGGUUGUGAUAAAAAUUCAGUGUUUUCUUAUGAUUACUUAAAUGUGAUGUGAUAACAAUUUUGGUUCGCUUCUAAUAUUUUAGUGGGAUUUUUAUGUGGCAUCAUUUCCGAUUAGCCAUACGGAAAUGUCUUAAUUUUCUGCUUAAGGAAACGGUUUGGUAAUUUUUUAUUUUACCUACUUCCUCAACUCUUAAUUUCGAGUAAUCAAUAUAGUGACACUACGUCCGUCGUGUUCGCGCGGUACAUUGAACUUAGAAAAAAAUGUGUGACUGUAAUUUAUUUAAUAAUUUAAUUAAAAUGAUAUUUAAUCGAUUAUUUAAACAAUUCGGUAGUUCGUUUAGUGUUUUGUUAAUUUUAUUUAUUUGUGCCUUACAAGGAUUUGCCUUGCCGGAUCGACCUAAAAGGGAGCUAAUAGAAGAUGAUGUGCAAAACUAUUUAAUGCAAUUCGGGUAUUUGAGUCCUAUGUCGGCGGAGGCUGGUGCCCUUCGGACGGAAGAGUCAGUGCGGCAGGCUAUUAGUGAACUUCAGCAGUUUAGUGGUUUACCGGUUACGGGAAAGUUGGACGAAAAGACGAAAACGCUUUUGAAAAGACCGCGGUGCGGCGUUCCGGACAUUGAGCCACACAAUAUGAGGCGGAAGAGAUUUACGAUACAGGGGCAGAAGUGGCCUUACAACAACAUCACGUGGAGUUUGCGAAGCACCUACUUACGAGAUUUAGAUCUCUACCAAGUUCGAUACGUCUUUACGAAAGCCCUCGAGGUAUGGUCGAAACAUUCCAGGCUGACAUUUACGGAAGUCAACAGUGACAGGGCCGACAUCCUCGUCUACUUUCACACAUACGAGCACGGUGACAAUUUCGCCUUCGAUGGAAAGGGACAAAUUUUGGCGCACGCAUUUUUUCCCGGUUCCGGCCGUGGAGGUGACGCCCAUUUUGACCUGGACGAAAGUUGGAUAGUACACGAGGAUGACGCGUCAGACGGUACCAGUCUAUUCCAUGUAGCAGCGCACGAAUUUGGGCAUUCCCUAGGACUGUCACAUUCCUCUGUUGAAGGAGCACUGAUGUUCCCUUGGUAUCAGGGAAUGCAAAACGGCUUUAACUACGAACUGCCUGAAGACGACCGUUUAGGAAUACAGACACUCUACGGAUCUCCUACCGAUCAAGUAUGGGGACAUAAUCCUGCAUAUCAUCCGCCUCUGCAAACUCCGCCGCCGCCCACGAGGCCGCCGCCACGUCCCACGCCACCUCCCACUCGAACAAGACCAACACGCCGAACAACGAGACCGAACCAUAACUAUCCCAAUUACCCUCAAAGACCUUAUUAUCCAGAGAAACCGCAAGAUCCUCGCUAUCCGAAAAAAACCUUCACGGAAAAACCCAUGCAUAAAAAACCGAUGUCUCCCGAUGUUAAGUACCCGUACAACCCACACCGUAACAGGAAUUACCCACCCAAACCACCACCGCGUCCCGAGCUCCCCGAUGAGCGUUAUUACCCGGCGAAACGGCCCGAAACCACAACUUACUCCAGUAGGCACCCGCAGCGCUACCCCGUCGACAAUUACCCAUCCUACAACCCGAAGGAGAGUUCCGUGCCCAACACCUGCGACACCGGUUACGACGCGAUUUCCGUCGUUCGCGGCGAGGUCUUCAUUUUUAAAGAUCGGUAUUUCUGGCGAAUCAGCGACAAGGGUCUCGCGCCGGGAUAUCCCGUCGAAACUAAUCGCAUGUGGAAGGACCUGCCGAAAAAUUUAACGCACAUCGACGCCGUAUACGAGAGGCCCGAUAACAAGAUGGUGUUUUUCGUCGGUAGAAAUUACUACGUGUACUCUGGCAACACGAUGGAACGAGAUUAUCCGAAACCUUUGACGCGAUUGGGUCUGCCCGCGUCGCUUAGUAACCUGGACGCGGCCAUGGUCUGGGGGCAUAAUGGAAAAACCUACUUUUUCAGUGGUAACAUGUAUUGGAGAUUUGAUGAAGACCUUCAGAAUGUAGAGCUCGAUUAUCCCCGCGACAUGAGCAUGUGGAAAGGUGUAGGGACACAUAUCGACGCCGUUUUUCAAUGGAAAGAUGGAAAAACUUACUUUUUCAAAGGCAAAGGAUUUUGGAAGUUUGACGAUCUGCGUAUGCGAGUAGAAAACGAACAGCAAACACCAUCGGCGCCAUUUUGGAUGGGAUGCACGCGAAAUCUGGGUAUCGCUCCCGGAAACAAAGCACCGUACACGGAUACGUCGUCGUCGGCGAAUAAUCUUCACGAUUCUAUCACAUAUACCUUAGUCUUAAGUAUGAUUAUGAAAUUUUACUUUACUUUGAUUACAUAGUAGUCGUCGGUAGCAUAAUUUUUAAAGCCUAUAUUGUCUUAGGCUGUAUAUGGGAUACAUUUAGAAGUAAAUUAUCUUGUAUCAAAGAAGCAUUCAAUGAAGGUGCUAUUUGCUUAUAAAGUCAUUUGUACACAUUCACCAUUUAUUGAUCAGAUCGAAACCGUUCUCUAAUUAUGCGUGAUCUCGAAAAUUAUUUUUUACACUAUAAAUGUAGAUCGAAAUUUUGAUACCUUUUAUAAAAUGUGUACGUCACGUGAACCCUUUUCUUUCAAUUGAGACUGAAUUAAAUUGUAUUUUUAGAUACUGCCUGUUAUUUUAGGUACCAAAAUGUUUCACUAUCUACUCAUAGUAUCCUCUAUCUAUAAGUAUACUUUACUUCAGCAUGUGAUAAGUAGUUUUUUUUCACUUUAUUUAUCUGUGUUUUUCAAGCAUUGAUACACGAACUGCAUCGCUCUAACCUUUUCUUAUAAAAUUUUGAUGAAAAAGUAAAAACCUGUGAUAUUA